ACGGAUUCCAUGCACGGGUACAGUUGCAGUUCGCGAUAAGGGCGACGCAAGGCUUUCUCGUCUGACAACAGCAAGCCAUGCCUCGCCGGGUGCUCAUUGGGUUCGGUGUCGACGUUGAUGCCGUCGCCGGCUGGCUUGGCUCAUAUGGAGGGGAGGAUUCUCCUUUGGACAUCUCUCGAGGGAUGUACGCCGGGGAAGUGGGUGUACCCCGCCUGCUGAAGCUCUUCGACAAGUACAAACUGAAGACGACAUGGUUCAUACCCGGCCAUAGCCUUGAGACCUUCCCAAAGGAGAUGGCCGCCGUGCGCGAUGCUGGUCACGAAAUCGGUUUGCACGGGUACUCCCACGAGAACCCCGUCUCGAUGACCGCCGAGCAACAAAAGGACAUCUUAGAGCACACUUACAAGCUUCUUACGGACUUUUGCGGCGGAGUCUCCCCAAAGGGCUCUGUCGCGCCUUGGUGGGAGACGAGCGCGGAAGGAACGGAUCUGCUGCUCGACAAGGGCAUCGAAUACGACCACUCUAACAUGGCACAUGACUCUCAGGCGUACUAUCUGCGUGACAAGGACACCUGGACCAAGAUAGAUUACUCUGCCAAAGCGGAGACGUGGAUGAAACCUUUGCAGCGGGGAAACGAAACCGGCCUCGUCGAGAUACCAGCCAACUGGUAUCUAGAUGACCUACCCCCGAUGAUGUUUAUCAAAGCCAGCGCCAACUCUCAUGGAUGGGUCAACGCCAGAGACGUCGAGCAACUCUGGAAGGACAUGUUCACGUAUCUGUACCGCGAGGAGGAGGACUUCAUAUUUCCGAUCACCAUCCAUCCCGACGUUAGCGGUCGCCCUCACGUCCUGCUCAUGCUGGAGCGCUUCAUUGAAUGGGUCAACAGCCAUGAUCAUGUACACUGGGUCCCCAUGAUCGAGAUGGCUCGCGAGUUUCGAGCGAAGCAGAAACCCGCACAAGGCGCGAAGAUGCCGCGAGGAUUUGCACACGAGUAACGCUCAUGAUGCGUCACAACCAUCCUCGAGCGUUAGGUACCCAAUCAGUCGCCAUUUCGAAAGCGAUGUCAUGGAUUUGAAUAGCAGCGGGGUCAUUCCGAGCCGGAAAGGUCUGCCCGACAGCGCGGAGCAACCGUGCCAAGGUCGAUCAUAAUUGGUUCAUCUUGCCUACGGGCAAGCGGUACAGGCGUUGCGUGAAGUAUUUCCUAGUCUCGCCCCAUCGUUCUUCCUCGUCUUUCCCGACGAACACGUCGACAUCGCUCCAUUCUACUUGUAUUCCGAGUUCGGCUAGAUGCAAGUCGCUUAAAUGCGUGUAGACGUCGUAAAACAGAGCGUUGGUGGCACCCAGCCCAUUGAAGAACCCAAACCUAGAAUGUGGGCCUCGCAGGAGAUCAGGGACGUGCUCGAAGAACUGCUUCAGGUCUUUGUAGUGCUCUGAAAACGUAUCGGUGUACACGACGUCGAAUCCGCCAAUGCCUAACAAUUGUUCGCUUUCGACGAAAUCUUGCCACUUGCCUUCGAGGAUCCUCACAUCUGGCUUGUCAUACCAUCCUCGAGCUUUCAUGUGGGCAAGGACAUCUGGAUGUGGUUCAAUGAUGACAUGCAACGCAGGCGGUGUUGGUAACGACUGGAAGAUGCUGUCGAUGAUACCAAGUCCGAAACCGACGUUGAGGACCCGUAGUCCGCUCCGAAGAUUUUCGUGGUCGGAGCAUAGUUUUCGCACAGAUUCUUCCAUGAUCUCGCGCUCCCAGCCCAUCAUCACGCCGACAUCCUCAUCUCCGGACCGGACCACGCAAAUAUCCUGGCCGUUCGCAUCCUGCGUGAACCGAAGCCGCGACGCGAGGAACUCGUCUUGCGACCCAGAAGCAGUGGUAUCCGAUGACCGAAGCACGAGAGCUGAAGGAGACUCAAAGGCGCUAGGUUUGGAGGAUAGCAGACCGAGUAAUAGCUCAGUUCUGAUACCGGCGUCGC